AUGCCUUCUCUACCGAUCGAAGAGUACCAGGUGGGCUGGGUGUGCGCCCUCCCCAAGGAGCUGACGGCCGCGCGGGUGAUGCUGGACGAAGAGCAUGAACCAUACUCGAAUCAAGUGCCGCACGACAAUAACAAUUACGUGCUGGGACGCAUUCAUGGUCACAACGUGGUGAUGGCGUGCCUGCCUGCCGGAGUGUAUGGCACCGUCUCCGCGGCGACCGUGGCGACCAACAUGUUGAGGACUUUUACUGGCAUCCGCUUCGGCCUAAUGGUUGGCAUCGGGGGAGGAAUCCCAGGCUCCCACAAAGGCGGGGACAUUAGGCUCGGUGACGUGGUGGUCAGUCAGCCUGAUGGGACGCACGGGGGCGUGGUGCAGUACGACCUCCGGACGAAUCUGGGAGAUGGAGUAUUCGAGCAGAAGGGCAUGCUCCGGCCACCUCCAACUCUCCUGUUGACCGCGCUGGCCAACCUCCAAUCAAAACACCAAAUGUAUGGUUCACAGAUCCCCGAAAUUCUUUCCGCAAUGGUCCAGCGAUUUCCACGAUUGGCCAAGGGAGGGUACGUGCAUCCUGGUGUGGAGAACGAUACACUGUUUUGCAGCAACAUCGAAGGCCACCAAGACGGGGGUCAUUGCACCGAAUGUCAGAACGGCAUUGUCGACCGACAGCCUCGUGAAGACCACAGUCCCGAGGUUCAUUACGGGGUCAUUGCUUCAGGAAACGAAUUGAUGAAGAAUGUGGUCGAACGGGCUCGGCUGGGCCGCGAAUUCGGCGCCAAGUGUGUGGAAAUGGAGGCCGCUGGAUUGAUGCCUGAUUUUCCCUGUGUUGUGGUGCGAGGGAUCUGUGACUAUGCCGAUUCCCAUACGAAUGACGUGUGGCAGGAAUAUGCGGCGGCUACCGCUGCCGGGUUUGCCAAAGAACUGUUAGCCAUUGUCAAGCCAGCAGAAGUGAUGUCGGUCAAACAGGCCGCAGAGGUUAUGAAAUAUAAUCUCGGUCUCAAUCUCUACGAUGCUCCGGACAUGAAUGAGGAUUUCUUUAUUGGUCGACAGAGCGAGAUUCACCGGAUGGAGUCGAUCUUGCAGCCUCAGUCCGACACAGUCGACUCCCGCAGAAAGGUGCUUGUUCUCGGCGGCAUGGGUGGAAUUGGCAAGACUCAGCUGGCGAUUUCCUAUGCCAAACGACAUCGGAGCGACUAUUCGUCCGUCUUCUGGCUGAAUGCCACCUCUGAGGUCAGCCUUCAGACGAGCUUACGGAAUGUGGCCCAUCGAGUGCUACCUCCGGAGACAGUCGGUAAGCUUGACGGCGAGCAGAUUCGUGUGUCCAUCUCGAAUUGGCUCUCGGAACACGACAACACUCGGUGGCUACUUAUCUUCGACAAUUACGACGAUCCGGACGAGUACUCGCUUCAUACAUAUUUCUCAUAUGUCGCGCAAGGCUCGGUCAUCGUCACCACGCGACAGCCGGGUCGAGUGAACGGAGUCGAGGUGCGGGUGCAAUCGAUGAGCAAGGAAGACGACAGCCUUCGAAUUCUAGCUACUCGGUCCGGACGCGACAACGCAGAAUCAGACCAAGAUGCCCGACUCCUGGCCCAGCGACUCGAGGGGCAUCCCUUAGCUCUGGCAACAGCGGGAGCCUUUUUGAGUCAGUCUUCGAUCAGCUUUGGCCAGUAUCUUCGACAGUAUCACGCGCGAUGGAAAGUGAUUGAUUCGAUGGAGGCAUUGCCCGAGUAUCCUUCGCGCACACUCUACAUGACAUGGACUCUAUCAUUCACGCGGAUUGAGCAACAAUGCCCACGUGCAGCACACCUCUUGCGAUUUCUAGCGUAUUUGGAUCACCAGGAUGUCUGGUUCCAACUCUUCACAAGAGUGCAAGGUGACAACCGACCGGCGUGGUUUACGGAAUUAGCGGGCGACGAGUGUGUGUUUGAGGAUACGAUGCAUAUUCUCACACGAUACUGUCUCGUGGAAGCGCAUUAUCAGACUGGGUCAUACAGUCUUCACGUGUGUGUCCAUGACUGGACGUUAGAGGGGUUGAACCAACCGAUCGACGCGAGGCAAUACUGGUUAGCGUUUGACUGUGUGGCUAGCCACGUCGAUAAGGACGAAAACUGGGAUCAUCUGUCGACGAUUCGAUAUCGGCCGAUCACGAGGCAUGCCGAGCGGUUGGUGCACGGUCGCUUUCGGACAGCAGCAAACCGGAACGACUCAGUACGGAUCAGAUUAGAUGCGAUGGUGUUACUGGCGCAGCUUCUUAGAUAUCAAGUACGGUUUAAUGCCGCCGAGCAGAUGUACAUUCAAGCGCUACAAGGCUACGAGGAGGCACUUGGACCAGACCACAUAUCGACACUCGAUACGGUCAAUGACCUAGGCGGCCUCUACAACGUCCAAGGCAAGCUAGUCGAGGCGGAGAAGAUGUUCGUUCGAGCGCUACAAGGCUUUGAGAAGGUACUUGGACCGGACUACAUAUUAACACUCGAUACGGUCAAUAACCUAGGCCUCUUCUACAACGCCCACGGUAAGCUAGUCGAGGCGGAGAAGAUGUUCGUUCGAGCGCUACAAGGCUUUAAGAAGGCACUUGGACCGGACCACAUAUUAACACUCAAUACGGUCAAUAACCUAGGCCGCCUCUACAUCGCCCAAGGCAAGCUAGUCGAGGCGGAGAAGAUGUUCGUUCGAGCGCUACAAGGCUUUAAGAAGGCACUUGGACCGGACUACAUAUCGACACUCGAUACGGUCAAUAACCUAGGCCUCCUCUACAUCGCCCAAGACAAGCUAGUCGAGGCGGAGAAGAUGUUCGUUCGAGCGCUACAAGGCUGCGAGGAGAUACUUGGACCAGACCACAUAUCGACACUCCAUACGGUCAAUAACCUAGGCCUCCUCUAUACCGCCCAAGACAAGCUAGUCGAGGCGGAGAAGAUGUUCGUUCGAGCGCUACAAGGCUGCGAGGAGGUACUUGGACCAGACCAUCUAUCGACACUCUAUGCAGUCGGAAGCCUAGGCCUCCUCUACAACGCUCAAGGCAAGCUAGUCGAGGCGGAGAAGAUGUUCGUUCGAGCGCUACAAGGUUACGAGGAGGCAUUCGGGGUCGAGCGUGUCUCGUCAUAUCUGCCGGCGUUAAGUACUAUAUUCUCAUUUGGUAACCUCUACGCGCAAACAGAUCGAACAGAUACAGCGAAAGAAAUGUACACUCGAGCACUGUCGGGUUAUGCAGCCGUCCAAGGACCUUCCUCGAAACGGUGUAUUGAGAUUCAAGAUCGGCUUCAGGCUUUGCAGCUCACGCCGAGUGAGAGUGACACCCAACAUACGCCUACCGAGUCUGGAAAUACGGAACAAAAUCUCGUCUACAGAAACUUUUCCACAGAUCAAGAAGAUGACUGA